CAUUUUUUCUUCCAUAUACUUCCAUAUAUCCAUUUAUUUCAUCCACACUCCUCACAAUGGAGUCUACAAAUGCUCCCGAUUCCGCACAGCCGAGCCCGGAUACGGGUGGAUUGUCAGGUUCUGCUUCGGCUACAGCUAGUGUAUCCAUUUCCAAUGCUUCGACAGGGACGUCCACGCCGCUGAUUCCCAACAUUGAGCCUAAUCAAGCAGCACAACUAGCACAGCGGUUCACCAACGAAAUAGAAUUGGCUAAGGCCGCGGGAUCUGAUGUGGAAAAAGCAAAACAGCAUUACCAAAAGGCAGAAUCGAUAAAGCGCAUCUUAAUCUCAUACAGAGCGCAGAAGAAAGCCAAACAGGAUGCAGCAAAUUCUUCAGCGAAUGCUGAUUCCAACACAAACUCGAAUGGUAAUUCUAAUUCAAACUCAAGCACUAAUUUAAACUCUAGUUUGACAAAUAAUCCUUCAAAUCCAACUACUUCAAAUGAUUCAAAUGCUUCAUCGGCUUCAAAAUCCAUAAGUGCAGUACAAUCACCUGCUUCAGCAAUCCAAUCUCCAGUUCCAGUUCCGUCUGUGGCGCUGCUUGCGGACACUUCUAGCCAAUUACCACAAGUAUCCAGACCACAAACUCCGAGUGAAAUCAAUACCAAAGCUGUCACUAUUGAUCUUUUCAACCAGGUCAGAUCGAGUUUGCAAGAUUUACUUAAAAAGAUUCAAGUUCUAGAAGAUUCGAAAACAGCCGAAACAGACCCAACUAGAAUUGAAAGCACCAAUACCGAAUUGGCAAAAUUGAAACCAAAAGUUUCUCAGUACCAGAAAAUCGCCGUAUAUAUGAAAAACCAACUUAUACAACAAGGAAAGCUCAGUGCUAACGGCGGGCCACUUUCACAAGCAAUGUCAAGCCAACCGUCACCGUCACCUGUCAAUAGCACGAGACCUUCUACUGGUGAAAACACUCCAGUUGUUCAACCUUUAACGCUGAAAACAGAUCUGAAACCAGAAAUAUCAAACAGCAAACUCUCCAAUGAUUCCAAGUUUGUAGCACCUGCUUCUUCAGACCAGCCUGGUGCUCAAUCUGGAGUUCAAUCCUCGUCUUUUGUGGCUGCUAGAACAGGGCCCUUAGGUUCGUUGACGAAUCCUAUAGACUCUUCAACUCAAAGACCUCAGCCAUUCACGGCUACUUCUUCCUAUUCAGCUUUAGGAAGAGCAGCUAUUCCCACAUCUACAAGUGCUGCAAACUUGAGAACAACUAGUUCUUUUGUUUCCAGACCAGGUAUAGGUAACGGUAUUCGUCCUGGCUUGGGAAUGCACUCGGCUACAGAUUUCAACUCGUACUCCACCUUAAGCAGCAUUCACAGCAACACUUCUUCCAAUUUCUCCGACAAUGGUGGCAGAGUAUUGACAAAGAGGAAACUCGUAGAUCUAGUCAACAACAUUGGAAUGGAUGAAGGUGAUGCCAAAACAACUAUGGACAACGAUGUAGAGGAAAUCUUGCUUGACUUGGCCGAUGAGUUCAUCUCGUCUGUCACAGGAUUUGCCUGUCAGAUAGCCAAACAUCGUAAAGUAGACAAAGUAGACAUCAGAGACUUUCAACUUCACUUGGAGAGAAACUGGGGCAUAAAAGUUCCUGACUUUUCGCUUGAUGAAACGAAGUCUGUAAGAAAAUGGACUCCAAGUGCUGAUUAUGCAGCCAAGGUGUCGGAAAUCGAGUCUGCACAGUCCAAUGGCAACGAAACUUCAAAGGUAGACUUUUCUUCCAAGAAGUAAAUGUAACGAACCAAGAUUUUGUAUAUUAUGAACAUCUUUGUAUA